AUGCUAGCGAGUCUUCUCAACAAAUUCGUCUGCGCCGUCUCCUUCAGUACGGCACUCUGGCCUGGCUUUCCUCCUUUACCUUUCCCUCGUUCUCGUCUACCACACUGGCAUCUCCCAUGGAAGAGCACCGGCGGGAUACCUCAACAGGUCUACGAUGAGCUCGUACGCUAUACCCAGUAUUCGUCUGCGGUCUACCAGCCCCUAUGUCCGAAUCCGCUCGGGAACGAGCUUGUAACGGAGUUCACGAAUCUUCUGACGGGCGUACACGGCUUUGUGGCGCGUGAUGAUGGACGGCAAGAGGUUAUCGUGGCCUUCCGCGGGAGCCAGCAACUCCCAGACAUGUUGACCGAUUCGAACAUGUUGCUCAUACCGCUCGACUCGGUCGGCCCACCCUUGAACGGUAGUGGCGAUGCGCGAGUGCACGCAGGUUUCGGCGUUGCGUUCGGUUCUGUGAGCGACCUCGUGCUCGAUAUCGUGGUCGAGCAGUUACGACAGUACCCAUCCUAUUCGGUGGUCCUAACCGGUCAUUCGAUGGGUGGCGCCCUGGCCGCCAUCGGCGGAACUUUGUUGAAGGCCAAUGCCACGGGAGCGGCCGUACGCGUGUUCACAUUUGGCCAACCACGUACGGGUGAUGCUAACUUCGCCGAUCUACUUGACAAACUCAUUGGGAGUGAUAAUGUCUUUCGAGCUGUGCAUACAUGGGAUGGCGUCCCUACCAUCAUCCCGCGGUCCUUAGGUUAUCACCACCAUUCUACUGAGUACUGGCACUUCCAAGAACCUCCUAGCCGUAAGAACGUGCGUCAAUGCACCGGUCAGGAGGAUCCAAAAUGUAGCGCGGCCGUCCCUUCUACAGGCAUCAAUCUCGCACACGACGUAUACUUCGGACAAGUUAUGACCACAGACGCCACUCUCUGCCUGUGA